AUGGGAUGCUGCAGCAUCAGGCUUUUCGCCGUAGUCGCUGUGGUGGGCGUCGGCGUGCUCAUGCCGAUAAACUUCAUGGGGGACCAGCUGCAGCUGAUCGACUUCACCGACCUGCCCAGCAAGUCCGUCGAUGUCUUGAGUAUCUCCAAUGUCCAGGACGGGUCCAAUAAAUUAUGGCUUCACUUCUCUGCUGUGUACAUCAUAACUGGAGUCGCAUGCUACCUGCUCUAUUAUGAGUACAGAUAUAUUUCUGGCAAGAGGCUCGAGUAUUUUAUGACAUCGAAGCCACUACCCCAGUAUUUCACAGUUCUGGUUCGAGCUAUCCCUAUAACUGAUGGUGGUUCUGUGAGUGAUGCUGUUGAUAAGUUCUUCAAAGAGUAUCAUUCAUCCACCUACUUGUCACAUACUGUUGUUCAUCAAACUGGCAAACUCCGCCGCCUUCUUAAUGAGACCGAAAUUAUGUGGACAAAGCUAAAGAACCUAAAAUAUGUACCACAACGACCUUCUGCUGACAACCCUCCAAAAAAGUUUCUUGGACUAUUUGGAAGAAAUAAUCCUAUUGGGAAAUAUCAGAAAAGGCUGGCAGACCUAGAGGAAAAUGUUAGAAUGGAACAAUCAGAUGCUACUAGGAGACAGGAGAUUCCCGCUGCUUUUGUUUCAUUCAAAUCUCGAUAUGCUUCAGCGAAUGCAAUUUACAUAAGGCAGUCAGACAAUCCAACUGAGUGGCAAACUGAGCAUGCUCCUGAUCCUCAUGAUGUUUAUUGGCCUUCCUUUUCUACAUCAUUCAUGGAACGAGCCAUUGUCAGUCAAUUGGUUACUGGGUAUCUUCCCAGUGUCAUUCUUCACUUCCUUUCCUCUUAUGUGCCCUCAAUAAUGAAGCUAUUUUCGACCAUGCAAGGAUUUGUGUCUGUCAGUGGGAUUGAGAGAAGUGCUUGCAACAAAAUGCUUCGGUUUACCAUAUGGACUGUGUUCUUUGCAAAUGUUCUUACUGGAUCAGCCUUAAAUCAACUUAACAUAUUCGUUGAUCCAAAGAAAAUACCUGAACGGCUUGCGGUUGUUGUACCUGCACAGGCAUCUUUCUUUAUUGCAUAUGUGGUGACUUCGUGGACAAGUAUAACAUCAGAACUCACUCAAACUUCUGCCCUUCUGUAUCACUUGUGGGGGAGCUGCGCAAAGUGUUGCAAGAGGGAAGACUCAGAAGCUCCAUCGAUGCACUAUCAUAGUGAAAUUCCUCGGAUUCUCUUGUUUGGACUUCUCGGGCUCACGUACUCCAUUGUAGCUCCACUUAUCCUCCCAUUUGUGUUGACUUACUUCUGCCUUGGCUACUUCAUAUUUCGCAAUCAGCUUUGUAAUGUGUAUGCACCCAAGUAUGACACCGGUGGAAGAUUUUGGCCCAUUGUGCACAAUGCAACCAUAUUUUCUCUUGUGCUGAUGCAUUUGAUUUCAAUCGGAGUAUUUGGAGUAAAGGAAUUUCCACUUGGUUCAAGUCUGCUGGUGCCUCUGCCAAUUCUCACACUUCUGUUCUAUGCAUACUGUGGAAACCGAUUUUACCCCAUCUUCGAAGCAUACUCUACCGAGUCAUUGGUAAACAAAGAUAUACAAGAACAAAGCAAACCAGAGAUGGCAGAGUUCUUCAGCAGCCUUGAAACAGCCUACUGUGACCCGGCACUGAAGCCUAUCCAGCGGUCUUCAAACUCUGAUGAACGUACAUAUAACAGUACAGUAUAUGAGAUUUUCUGCCACUUGGAGCAAUGUGAUCAGGAGCUGCUGUUUUUCCUCCUUCAGUCCUUCUUAAGUGCAUUUAAAUAUGGCCGCUCUGGGUAUAUUUAUGAUACUUCAACGUCAAGGUUGAGUUUCUCUAAACACAAAAGCCUGCUACGGUGUGGAACCGAUCAUGGUGCGGCAUUCUGCACCCAUAUUCUGUUAUUACCCAGUUAUACGCUGAGGUACUGCAGGACCCCUAAUGCUAAUGCUAACUUGGUAAGCCAAACAGUCCGUGUAAACCAUUGGCUAACAGUGGUGCGCCAUUUGUCCUCUUCACGGAUAGGUAGACCUGACCAGGAGUCCAGGACAAAAAAGAUGGCCAGCUACAAAGGUCGAGAAGCUCAGUCCGCAGCUGGGGCCAAACCGCUAGACGUUCACAAGUUGCAUGUCCUAAUUGUGACGAGGACAUCAAGAGUACUGGCAUAUGCCACCAAAAUACUCCUUAGAACAUCAGAGGAUGAUCUUCAAUUUUCAAUUGUUGUGAGGGAGGCGCAUCGGAGGCACCGUCGUCGUCAUGCAUGA